UUUUUGGAAAUUCUUGAGUAAAAACCGUAACAUGUACUAGGUAUUCUUUAUUGUUAAGUACAUUUAUGAAAAAGCCUGUCUUUGUAGUGCUUCCCAAAAAUAUUAAUUUUUCCAAACGUUUCCUAGUUAAAUUUAAGCGAAGUGGCAUAGACAAACAAGCUUGCCAACUACACAAACAAAACUAAGGCUAGGAUGCCUUCAAUAAUUUCAAUUUAAAAUAUGCAAUUUUCAAUUAUCAAUGUUAAAACAAAAUAGUGACAUUGGUUUACUGAUAUGAGUACUUUUGACCGAUACCCACUCGAUUCUUAAUUUCAAAGUAUCGAUACUAAAAGUACUUGGUAUCGGCGCAAAAGUAUCGAGUACGUACUUGUAUUUACUCGUAUCGUUUCAUCCCUAUCCUUGUUUUCUCGACUCGACUGACAAAUUGACAAUGUUAUUGUGAAUCGUAUAAUCAUUGUGGAUCGUAAUAUCUACUUGUAAAAGGGAUAUCUUUAUAAAUAUCCAAUAAAUUUGCGUGUGUCUGUUCAUAGAUCGCUGUUUCGGCGAAAUAAUGGACGAAGUAUAUUCAUUUUUUCGGUCUACCCAACCAACUCCGGUUGUAAAGUUACCAACCCCGCAAACCGGUGGACAUCGUAUUACGAAGGAAGACACUCUCAACCAGUUAGAUAGACGCGAGAAUCAUCGCAAAUCGGUUGUAAUGACUGGCACGGAUUACGCUAAAGUAAUAAAGGAGCAGGAGUUGAAAAGAUAUUUAGAGUGUGAAGUCGAACGCCAAAUGUCAAAUAGCCUUGCUGGUGGGCUGAACUCAAUGGAACAGCUGUCAAUACGGGAUUCAGUUCUGAGUAUAAACCAAAUACAAUCAUUAACUGAAGAAGCCAUGACUGAAGUCUACAGUAAAUACUCCUUUCAGAGAAAGGAAGACACUGGAAAACUCGCUAUUUAUAAUUUUCAUGAAGAAAUAUUAAAAAGAAUUCAAACUUUUCCUAUUACAAUAAUUGAAGGCCCUACUGGUUGUGGGAAAACAACACAAGUCCCACAGUGGAUUUUAGAUGAUGCAUAUAACAACAGAAGGCCGUGCAAGAUUGUUGUGACACAGCCCAGGAAAAUAGCAGCCAUAUCUAUUGCGAAGAGAGUAGCUCAAGAGAGAGGCUGGGAUGUUGGUGGAGUCGUCGGUUAUCAGGUUGGUCUUGAGAACAAAACAACUACUGACACGAGAAUAUCUUAUGUGACAACAGGAGUGUUGCUCCAGAAACUUGUGAACGCAAAGAAUACAGACGAAUACACCCAUAUCGUACUAGACGAAGUUCACGAGCGUGAACAGGAUAUGGAUUUCCUCCUGUUGGUGGUCAGGAAACUGCUGUUCACAGCUACAAGGACAGUGAAAGUCAUCCUCAUGUCUGCUACCUUCAACACGCAGAUAUUCCAAGACUACUUCACACUGCCAACACCAUCGAUGGGUCUGCAAUCCUCUGGAUGCUUCAAAAUUACAAAUGACAAACCCACAUUCAGUGUGAAAUUGUUUUAUCUGGACCACAUAGCUAAGAUGGGUUACUCAAACCUGCAACAAAAUAUGCGUGAAUUACAAGACCCCGAAAUUCAUCCAGACAUGAACAAUCUUGUAUCAACAUUAAUAGAGAAGUUUGAACAGAUUGACAUGAAAGAAGAAUUCGUCGAUAUAGACAGAGCCGAGGCCGAUGUGCCGUCCGUACUUAUAUUUCUGCCUGGAAUCUAUGAGAUUGAGGAGCUUUACGCUGUCCUCACAGACAGUGAUUUCAAGGUCAAAUAUAACUGGUGGGUGUUGCCGUUGCAUUCUACCAUCACGGCCGACGAGCAGGUGCGGGUGUUCCAGCGCGCGCCGCCCGGACACCGCAAGAUUAUACUCGCCACCAACAUCGCUGAGAGCUCCAUCACAGUGCCUGAUAUCAAAUAUGUAAUCGACUACUGCCUGAUGAAAAGGUUAGUGGUGGAUCCCAACACGAGCUUCACUUCGCUGCAACUGUGCUGGGCGUCCAAGACCAACUGCGAGCAGAGGUCGGGGCGCGCCGGCCGCGUGCGCGACGGGCGAGUCUACAGGCUCAUUUAUCAAAAGUUUUACGUAACCCUGCCCCAGGAUGCCACGCCAGAAAUGGUCCGAUGUCCUCUAGAACGUCUGGUGCUGUUGGCCAAAAUGCUCGACAUGGGCCCGCCAGCCGACAUCCUGGCGCUCGCCAUGGACCCACCUGACAUGUCCAAUAUACUCCGCACCAUACUUGUGCUGAAAGAGGUGGGAGCAUUGAAAAAGACGGUAGACGAUGAUUGGUCUGCAGUGGACGGUGACAUCACUUACAUGGGGCGUAUAAUGGCGAAGUUACCACUUGAUGUGAAGUCAUCCAAGCUUAUUGUGCUGGGCUACAUCUUCGGCUGCCUGGAAGAGAGUAUUGUAAUGGCUGCUGGUAUGUCCGUGAAGAAUAUAUUCAGCAGUCCGUUCCGCGAGCGUUUGAACGCGUACAACUCCAAGCUUACGUGGGCAGACGGGUCCAUGAGCGAUUGUAUCGCCAUGUUGAAUGUUUACAAGGUUUGGGACCACCUCCGUAAGCAGAACCACUUCAAGCAGCCCGCGGGGACGAACGAAGCGCAGUGGGCAAGACGUUUCUAUGUGCAAAUCCGUGCUCUCAGAGAGCUCAAUGAUCUCGUCCGAGAAUUGCGGAUGAGACUGUCGAGAGAGGGCAUCGACCCCAAGAAGGGCACUUCACCUUGGAGCAAGGCAGAGCACUCAUUAGCACUCAAGGUGAUAUUGGCGGGUGCGUUCUACCCGCAUUACUUCGUCCACGGGUCCUCCGACGAGGCCCGCGAGAGGGACGCCGUGCGAGUCCUCGGGGGCCUGGACCCCCGCAACACCGUCUACCUGAGGGGCUUCCCCGACAAUCAGCCGGGGGAGGUCUACGCCAAAGUAAUAAAGAAGAAAGUGAGAGACCAGAUUGGUGAUGAACCGAGAGUUACCUUCGAUAAGAACAGCCGAAAAGUGUAUUUGACAUUCCAAGACAAUCAAAAUGUGAAAAGUGAUCAGAAGGGCGGCGAUCCAACCAUUCCUGGACAAGUGGUGUUGCCAGUAUACAAGGCAAUAAAGGCCAGGCAUUUGAAAAUGGAAAUAAGGAUACCAUUGCUCUCAGUCGAGAAAGCAAACUUGCUGGCUGAAGGCCUCGCUGAGAUGAAGAAAAAUGCAAACAUCGACAAAAUGGUGCCUCGCCUGCCCGAGAUCGAUGAUACGCAUUUCCCCUUGCAAAUUUCGCAGUUGGUUAACGUCGGCCGUUUCUGGGUGCAAUACGCCGACGAUUCGACGGCCUCCGAACUGCGGCUCAUACAGGGGAUGUUGAACCGCAAGUCAAUGUUCGCGUACACGGACGACGUGACCGAGGACGCGCUGGUCGCGGCGCCGUACGUGGACGCCACCGGCUCUAUGAUGUACCGCGCGAGGGUGACCCGGCUGCUGCCCAAGAACAUGAUGGAGGUAUUCUACGUGGACUAUGGUACUAUGGGCCGUGUGAGCUCCAGCAGCCUCCAAGAGUUGCCGCGGGAGUGCAGGGAGAUACCGCCCCUGGCGAUGCAGUGCGUGCUGAGCAACAUCGCACCGUCGCCACUGCUGAACGAACACGGGCAGUGGAGCGCGAAGGCUCUGAAGCUGUUCACCGACCUGGUCUCCAAGGGCCGGCUUCUUGGGAAGAUUUAUUCUGUGGCACAUGGAAUAGUGUCCAUAGAACUGUUGGCGGACGGUGGGAAGAUUAAUGUGAAUAAGGAACUACUUGACAAUGGGCUUGCUGUUGCUUCCGAAGAAAGUUAUGAUUCGAAGCUGAAUCACGACCUUAGGCAAAUGGCCACAGAGCUGAACAUGACACAGAAGCGAGCGUACAACAAGGAACAAACCGAUCUGGCCUUCAAUCAAAUGCACGAAUGCGAGGCGCCUAACUUCAAGGAGUGUUUCUAUGAUGCAUGCCUCAAGGGACCAGACAGUCCUCUGGAGUCUACUUUACACAAUUUGAUGUAUUCAAGCCGAAACAAGCAAGUCACUGUGGAGUGGAACUCUAUCAACUCUGUCUUACUGGACACAGAGCCUCAGGAAAAAUAUGAAAGAUUGUUGGUCUCAGCAGAGGUUGGCCAGAACGACACGGGCAGUAGACUGACCCUGCGUCACACCACCCUCCUGCCUAACAUUAGAGGCCUGCCCUCUAUCAUUGCUUUGCUGUUCAGUCCCCAGGCGGAGCUCCGCCGCGACCCGACCAUGUCGCGCUACGUGAGCGCGCUGUGCGGGCUGGGCAGCGCGGGCGACAUGCCGCUGUUCCCCGAGCACGACAUCCUCAUCAACAUCGACGCGGAGCUCACCAUCGACGACCUCGGCCUGAUAAACCACAUCCGCCACUUGAUGGACACCAUGAUGUUCUGCUACGGCUGCGAGGACGUCCCGUCCACCGAAGAUGACUUCCGAUCCAAAAUUCCCAAAAUGAUACGCGACGAACUCAUGCGAUUGCUACUCAAACGGCGCAAGCAACGCGAGCCGUUAAUGGUGCCGAACGCGUGGGAGUGGAGCUCCGCGCCGCAGGAGGACAUGCUGCAGAUCACCAUGGAGGACUUCGAGGAGCGCGCCGUGGUGUUCCCCAUGCACACGCCGCUCGAGCUGCACCCCGUGUCCAGGGAGCGGCUGCUGCUGCUGCGGAAGGAGACCGAGGAUCUGAAGAAGCUGGUUGGGAGAACGAUCACGUCGGCUUCGGACCUGGAAUGCAGGUUGUGCGGAACCACGCCAAUGCCGGCGCACGCGAUGCGCAUUCAUCUGUGUUCCAAUGCGCAUCUCGAAAAGGAAGAAGAUUUCCGUUUCAUACAGAGUUAAAUAUAUUUAUAAUAUAAUAAAAAUAGAAAACAGUGUACUAUUCCAUCGCGCCAAAAUAAAAUUGUACUUUGUGUAACUUGAUUAUAUUAUUUACUUUAAUAUAAAUAUGGAUGUAACUGUCAGCUAUCUUUAAAUAAAGAAGUUCUGCAGGAUUAUUACUUAACUCGGUGUAUCGUUCAAUCAAUCGGUCACUACAUCGUUUUUUAUCGUAUUUUAAUUUUGCAAUCAUCUAACAUUGUGUUUUCAAUGAAAUGACAUAAUAAUCUUCAUUUUACGUAAAGUAAAAUUAGUAUAGCCGUGGUAAUAGCCGAUAUUAACGAAAAACUAGUAUUUAUAUAAUUCCAUUGGAAUAAACAUGUUAGAUGUUCGAAGAGACUAAAAAACAUUACGAUUUGAUGUAAAAUGGUAUACUCAAGGGUGUUUCGUUGAAAUAACUAUUUUAGAUGAUCACUAAAACGAAAAUACGCUGUAGUGACUCAUUAACUGAAUAGUGCACAGAGUUACACAAAACUCUGCUAUAGCUUGGCAAGUUCGUUGAUGACACUCUCAUGAUAUGCGGGUGACGGGGGGAAUGGACUGCGCAGGUGUGAUAUCGAGCGCGCGGGACAUCGCCUACCCCCCUCCCGGCCCGCGCAGGCCUUCGGGUGUGCUACGAAUGAAUUUGCUAAGCUAUAGUCAUGACAUGCUCCAAGUCCAUAGGUACGCCCGUUUGAUGGGUUGUUCUUGAAUUACUUUUUGAGCACCUUUGCGAAAUCAAAACAUCGAACUGACGCAGUGACGUGUCCACUAUAUCGUCCAAUCACAGGUGUUGCUCAUAUCUACGCGUCUCGUGAUUGGUCGCACGCUAAUGGACACGUCACAGCAGAUUCAAGAUGGCGUCAUUUUGAUUGAUGAUUGUUUGUUUUAAAGCGUGCGUAGAUGACUAUAACAAAGCAAUGUUGCUUUAAUGUAUCUUUAUGACUACAUACAUUGUUUUAUAAUCUUUUGUGAUUCAUAGUCAUAAAAAAACUAUGUUUCGGAGCUCAGAUUUCAUAUAGUAAGUAAACGUUCUUAUUAUGAUUUUUAUUUAAGUUUUGUUAUUAAUUUGUUGUUUAUCGAAGCCAUACAACUUGUAGACAAUGUCUACAACUUGGCUUCUAUUGUAAGAGAACAGGUUUUUUUUAUUUGUACUUUUUUUUUUGUAAAGUUAACCUUAAAUUCUUUCGUUUACUUAUUAAAGUAAUUUCUUUUGUUUGAUCCAAUGAUUAGUAAUUAUUGAUCAAAAAAUAUAAAUUAUUACUUGACGUGUUUUGUACUUUUAUUAAUAGUACCUGAUUUUCAGACUUUUUAAAUGUAACUUAAACAAAAUUGUUCUAAUGUGACAAUGCUUUUGUUACAGUUUAGAAAUUAUUGUGUGAUAUUAAGAUAAAAUCUCUAGAUUUUAAAUACUUCUAAGUGAGUAUUAAAAAGUAACCAUUCUAUGGUCUUAUGUAAGUAAAAUAGUGUAUAAAGAAUAAUCUCUUGCUUUCGUUACUUAAAAAAAACAAAGUCAAGAGGGUUUGUUAAAUGUUUAUAAAAGUAAAUUCGGAGUUCUCAACGAAUUUAACUAUACCACAGAUACUAAUUGUCCUAAAAAUAGUUUCUAUUAGUUAUUAAGACUUAUUAAAAUGCGUUUACUAUUUUUUAUUGUUUUUUUUUUGUAAGGACAAAUAAGCGCACAUUCUGUAUUUGAUUUGAGCAUUUCUUAAUUCUGUAUUAGAGUUUAAAUGCCGUUAUUAAGAUCUGAUUUUUUUUCCCAAAAGUUUACUGGAUUUGAGCACAUUUAUGCGAUAUUAAGUAAUUGCCUUAUUUGUCCUAAAGUUUGUCGCACACUGCUGCGAAUUCCGCAAAAGCUUGCGAUCUAUCUAACAGCGAGAAUUACCGUUAGAAUUAUACAGUUCAUUGUUAUUGCCAUUAUAGGCCGGCCGCUCAGAAAUUGCGUUUCAGACAGUGACAAAUGGGACAAACAUAUUCACUUACAAUUGCCUCGUUUUUUGUCUCUCUCUCUCUCAUGUCACAUCGCCCAUUCGAUCACGACCUAUCAGAAACGCAAUCUCUGAGCGGUCGGAUUUUAGUUUUGGUAUUCCUGCUGGCACUACAUUUAUUUGGAGGGUAGUUUAAAGACAAAACCAAUCAAAAAGUCUUUUUUCUCACACUUUCUGAAUAUUUAAAAGUGAUCUUUCACACUUUCUUUUUUGUUUAUUUUUCCAUAUUUUUAGUGAUUAGAAAAAGGUUCUUGUUUGAUUUAAAAAAUUUAUGUACAAACAUUUAGUGUGACAAAAUAAGUUUAAAUAAACAGUGUUGAUUAUAAACUGU